AUGAAGGUUAUAAUGGAAAGGGACAUCCACACCUGGUGUAAAGAUCAAGGAGUAGACCCCCGUCAAAGUAUAUGUAUAGCGGGCAACUUUGUGGGCAUUACAGAUGACAAAGUGAUCAAAGAAGUACAGAAAUUAUGUGGGAUAAAAAUUCCCUGCGUAGUUGAUAAGUGGAAGAGUGCCACGGGGGAUAUAUGCGCUAUAUUGAUAACUAACCAGGAAUACCUGGAUUCAUCCCUGAUUCCAGCAAAUAUAUUGGUAAAAGGAGUACUGGGCAGAAGGUGGCAGAUAAGGUGGCCUAUUGAAAUUGGUGAGACUGAAGGGGAAGCCCAGGUAGCCAUAGGUGAAAAUAGGGCUGAGAGACUUGAGGAAAGCUACCAGAAUGCAGGGGAUAGUUCCCUACCUAGGGCCACUACGAGUAACAUUACAAGUGAAUCUAUAGAGCCACAAGUAGAGGCUGUAAUGGACAAAAUGGUCAGCCACUUUGAACACUGGCACUAUGAGGGGGGAUACAAGAGGCUCAGAGUUUUCUACGGUAUAAUUCCAGUUCCCACUGGAGAGGAAGGAUACGACGCUUGGAGGGAGGCCGCAGUACAGCACUUAGAGGAGUGGCAGUGCCCGGAGCAUAUAAAGAAGCAACGGAUAGUGGAAAGACUGAGAGGCCCCGCCAUGGGGAUCAUCCACGCUACGCGGAGAAGCAAUCCCGAUGCAACAUUGAAAGAUUUUUUCAAUGCCCUAGAUUAUUCUUUAGGGACCAUAGAAGAUGUAGGGGAUAUCUUGGCUAGACUAAAUCAGACCUACCAAGAGCCCGCCGAGACUCUUACUAAUUAUAUCUACCGUUUGGAUAAAAUACUAUACAAGCUAAUAGAUAAAGGAGGAGUUGAAGCAUCAGAGAUUGAUGAGAAAUGUAUAAAACAUCUACUAAGGGGGGCCCCGACUAGUAAUCCUGUUGCUCAGCGACUUUGGUGCAGUGCCGUCGGGGCUCGACCUCCAACGUUGGGGGAAUUAAUAAAAGAAGUAAAGUUAGAGGAAGUUCAAAUUGACAAUAGAGAAAAGAGCCUUAGAAGGGUGAAAGUCAUACUACCCACCCCUGAAAGACCUACUGAGAGUAAAAAUUGUACAAAUUGUUAG